AUGUUAGUUUCACAAGGAGUGAAAGCGAUAAUACGUCCUCCAAGACAAGUAUAUCAACUUGGCGAUAUACCACAGUUUAACAAAAUUCCAGGUUAUGGGCAAAUUCUUCGAAUUGGAUUUGCAGUUGUGUCAAAACGAGGAUAUAGAAUGUAUGGAUCAUUUUAUGAAGCUCCAGAUGCAAUUAGUGGCAAUCCUGUCGUAUUUUAUCUACAUGGUAACGCUUCAAAUCAACUUGAAGGAAGAUUUGCCGUUUCUCUGUUUGUUCCUCUUGGAAUAUCAGUAAGCUGCUUUGAUUUUAUAGGAUGUGGGGCAAGCGAAGGCGACUACGUUACGCUAGGGCACUUUGAAGUCGAUGAUACAAAUACACUAAUUGAGCAAAUUUGCGACACUUUCAACUGUACGAAGUUUGCAAUAUGGGGAAGAUCAAUGGGUGCAGCUACAGCUAUAUUAUAUGCAGCUAAAUACAAAACUCCAAAAGCAAUUGUUGCUGAUUCUUCUUUUACGUCAUUAGUCGACUUAGCAAAGCAAAUAGCAAAGCAAAGACUCAUUCCAGAAUCAAUAUUUAACUCACUUUUUCCAUCAAUAAAAGAACAAAUCCUAAAACAAUUGGAUUUUGAUGUUGAUUCAUUAGAUAUUAUAGAAGCAGUUAAACAAGUAACAAUUCCGAUCACAUUUAUACACGGAGAGAAAGAUAAUUUCAUAAAUCCGAUGAAUUCUCAAAUUUUAUACUCUUUGUGCCCGUCAAAUGAUAAAAAUCUGAAAAUAGUCAAAGGAAGCCAUAAUACAGAUCGAAGUCAAAGCGUUCUGCUUGAUGCAACGACAUUUAUUUGUCAUCAUCUAGGUCUUGACGUCGAAUUCGAAGCAUAG